CGGCGAGGGUGGCUUUCGUUCUCCUCGACAUUGCGCACAACUUUUACUUCAACCAUUUUUCGCUGCGGGUACCCGUUUGGAAGAGUACCCGUUUUAACGCAUUUUGAACGGGUAUUUUCCACGUUUCGGCACUUUUGGCAUUUUUUGGGUCCCCAAUUGUCGACGAGAGGAAGCGAACGCACUUUGUCCGGUGAGAAUCGGACGAGCGGUUCUCCAGAUUUAGGGGUGUCUUAAAGUCGCGGGGCUUACGGCUUUAGAGUGUUAGUGGACGUGGGGCCAUGCCAUUACUUUCAGCUGAAUCAGCUUUAGCGCUAGCGUGAUUUUCACGUCACCGGUGUGAUUUUCACGUAAGCGUCUGCUAGCAGUGUGAUUUCCACGCAAGCGAAGGUGCACUUGGGAGAUAUUCGAGAAUGUGCACCUUCGAACUUGCGUGAAAAUCAAAUGUUGGCAUCCCAACGUGCACCCCCUCUCCCACACCUCAGGCCCUUCGGUCUGUGCAGGCCGAGGCGGUCUGGCGCGGUUGGCCAUUUACACCGAUUUCGCAGAGCUAUGGUUUGAAGUAGGGGCCACUAGUUUAACAUUGCUGUUAUGGGGUUUUUGAUAAAAAAAUUGUGAAACUAUCCUUUGCUCCCCCACUUUUCACUUUACAUCGAAAAUAGAGCGCAAAUCGUGAUGUACGUCUAACUGAGUUCUACAAUGUGUAGUAUGUCAACAUCCCGCCUUGCAUUGCGAAGAAAAAACAACGAGAAAACAUGAAGAUGUCUCAAAAAAUCCGUGUUUAUGUAAUUCUAUUUUUGGUCUUAAUAGUGGAAUGUUGGCAUGCUAUACGUCAUUCGUCACAGUUUUUAACGUUGAUCACGAUUCUGGUAUUAUUUUUUAUGUGCGUCGAGAAUUAAAGGAACCAGACUACAUUUACACUUUUUGAUCAAAACGCCCACUAGACACCAAUGUUAAAUUUGUAACCCGUGGUUCGAACACAAGAUAUUAUAAUAUCGGAUCAAUCUGAUAGAAAAAAUAAAAACGUGGUUAGUGUUACAAUUCUCAAAUCGAAAAUCGGCAAAAUUCGAUCACCUCUAGUACUUACUGACCAAAAUAAAUUAAUACAUGAGAGUGUGCACAUCAAUUAACGCAUAGUAACACACCGGUGAGAUAACGCAGAUGGAACGGACCCAAAUUAGUUUGGUACCUUACCACACACCAAAAUCUCAUGAACAUAUAUUAAUAGCUCACUAAGUUAAGUUCUGUUAUCAUGCUCUGUUUUUCUUGUAACCUAUGAAUGAAAAUGCUUAUAAGAUUUUUAGUGUUCACACUGGUACUGGUAAAAAUUUCUUAGGAUUUCCCGAAGAUUUAUUUUCAACCACUACUAGAAAUUUCCAGGGGACUCCGUUCAUAGUUUUCAUGAAGGUAAAAAAGCUGUUGAAGGUAGCAAGUUUUUAGUCGUCUAUAUGUUUCGAAGCUAAACUCGACACGUGCAAUCUACAGAGUCCUUUGGUAAAUCCCAAAUGGCUUUGGCAGUACUUUUCACGGUUGUUCCGUAAAAUGCCAGAAUUUUUUCCAACAGUUUCUAAGCAAUUUUGUGAUGAACCGUUAUAAACCAACCGACAUGUUAUCAUUUAAAGGUGGGCUUUGCGCUGCACGAGCUUGCCAAGAGCCGGGAGCUGCAGGAGCUCGCCGUGGCUGAGAUACGACAGAAGACCGAAGAGCAUGGCGGCCUUACCUACGAUGCGCUCCGGGAAAUGGACCUCGUCGAGAGGAUAAUAAGGGAGUCGCUGAGGAAGUACUCACCGAUCGGGAUCCUGACACGCCAGCCCACUGAUUCCGUCAAGCUGGCCGACUCCGACGUGGUGAUCGACCCGUCUGUCAUGGUGUGGAUCCCGGUGUGGCAGACAAUGCACGACCCGGAGGUGUUCCCGGAGCCCGAACGCUUCGACCCCGAUCGCUUUACGGAGGAGAACAAGCAGGCACGCCACCAGUACCACUACCUGCCUUUCGGGGAGGGGCCACGCUUCUGCAUUGCCGAGAGGUUCGCCAUGCUGGAGAUGAAGCUGUGCCUGGCCGGGCUGCUGCAGACGUACGCCUUCGACUUUGGCUCUAAGACGGACUUAAAGCUCGAACUCGCACAAGAUGCAGCCGCACCCACGCCAAAGAACGGCUUUUGGCUUCGAGUGAAUGACAGGCCAUCGUCUACUUGAGAAAUUACAGUGAAAGUGUCUAAUUCCGGACCAGCAGGGCAAAUCCGCAAGGUGCUUUGUUGCAUUUGUACAUCAAAAAUACACAAAGUUGGUUCACAAUAUAGAUAAUUAUCCACGAGGCUCUAGAGGUUUAUGUAA